AUGAGUAAAGAAUUUGUCAACCUCAGAGCCAAUUCUGCUCAAUUAAAAAUGGAUUUACCAAUUGAAUAAUUUAGAUAUUUUACUAAUAUUAUUCAAAAUAAUAUCAUUAAUGAAUGGAUAAUCACAAAAAAGAUUGACAAAAUUAGUAUUAAUAAAAAUAUAUAUUUUAGAGGAAAAACUUCAAUAAUUUAUAAGUAAUACAUACUAAUAGGAUUACAUAAUAAUUAUAGCUAUUAAACCUGCUUAUAAUUUAUCGCAUAAAAAAAAUAGAUAUCUUAUGAUUAAAAUUGAAGAUAUUACAUUUUUCAUCUAUUAAGCUAAACCUGUAGAUUAUUUUUAAUUCAGUUAAAUUAAAUAAAUAUAGACAAAAUUAUAAGGAAUAGCAAAAGAAAACAAUUUUACAGAACCAAUAUUAAUCUCUUAAAAGAAUAUAUCAGAAGAAGAAUUAUAAAGUUUGGAAAAAGUAAGAUAAUGUUUAACUGAAAUUAUUAUAUUCGAUUAUGAUAAUUGGGAAACUGAUUUAGUGAUUGCAGUAAAAAGUAAAUUGCACCAAUUAUUUUAAACUGGAUUUUGGCAUAUUUUUUGUGCCAAAAAAAUAAACACUUUGGUGGAAUUAAAUACUAACGAAAGAUAUUUGGAAUACUAAUUUGAUAAAAAGAAUUCAUAGUAUAAAUUAAUAGCAUUCCAGAAAAAAGGUCCUAACUUCAAUUUAUUAGAGUAAUUUAUCAUUAAAUUAAUUUAGAAAAGUUAAACUAAAAAUAAGAGAAAUUAUAAGUUUUACAAUUCUAUUUAUAUUUUUUGUGACUCUCACAGGCUGUAAAGAUGAAACAACUGGAAAACCAUAUAAAUAUUAGAUUUAAGAACAGUUUUGUUCACAUCGAUAGGAAGUCUUAGGAUUUUGUGCAAUAAUAUUAUUUGGUCUAGUUGCUUAAAGAAUGAUUAGUAAAAAAAAUUAGAAGAAAAAUAAAAAAUAAUGA